AAACAAGACAACAACUAGGCUUGGUGAAUAGGUGUGGCUUUUCAAGUUUUCAGUUUGCAUUUAUUUAUUUAAAUAACCGAUAAUAUAUCACGCUAAUCAAUGUUACAAGUCCUGAAGUGUGUUUAGCUUGCAUUUUGUGUAUUCUAGUCACUUGAAUCUUUCACAAACAUUAACUUACAUGAAAUUUAGGGCGUCAGCCGUUCGUAAAGUGUAACUAGUUAAAUAUUCAUCAUGUAUGGCCGAAAAACUCCUUCUACUUACCGGUCCACGCCUUCAGUGUAUUCCCACUACACCACCAAGUCUUCAACAAACCUCCGUUCAACAAAGUCCGUCCGAUCCCUGCGAGUGCCAUGGUAUCAGAAGCCAAUACUCCAUGAUGCCUUCGUUCUGGACCUUCAAAGAGGUUCUUUGCUAGCUGCAUCUCUGUCUGUGUUCAUUGCCCUAUUCACUUUCGCACAAAGUAUCUUCGACCUGUACUGCCUGGGCAUGGCCGCACCGGGCUCCGUACAUUACGGAUAUUAUGCCUUCAGCUACCAGUUUGUCUAUGUUGGUAGUGCCCCUGUUCGCAACGUGUUGAUAAUAUUCUCGCUGUUCUCGUGGCUGGGGUCAGUGGCCGUGUUGGUCACUGGGAUCAUUCUCAUCAUAGCUCUGAGAAAGGAGCACGAAAAGCGCAUAGCCCCCUGGCUGUACACGUUCGGUGUGUUCAUCCUAUUCCGUCUGGUGGCUUUCAUCUUUGCGGCCAUCGUCAACGACAUGAUCUUCUCGUACAAUGCGCUCAUGUGUGUGUGCUGGGCCGUCUUCGUGGUGGCUGGGUGCUAUGGGUGGCUGCUGGUCUAUAGUCUAUACCUGGAGCUAUGCGAUCUGACGAAGCUAGAGGAUCUGGCGCAUUUGCGGAUGGGCACCAUGGCGUCCCUCAACGCAUCCCUCGCGGGCUCGCGCCCCACCACCCCCCAUAGCGCCGUCUCCACCAUGCCCGCCUCGCAGAUCUGAUACACGCACACAUCACGUGAUCACGCUGACCAGAAAACUAGCACCGAAAAAACUGACCAGAAAAGUGGUACUCAUGAGCAGAAAAGUGGUCUAACUCAUGAGCAGAAAAGUGGUCUAACAAAUAGUGAUACGCAGAAAACUGGGCUCAGUCUGACUUUUACUGAUGAUACGUUGAAAGAUAUUACUGAGGAGAGUAGCGAUGAAGGCACGCCUUUACCCGUUGAAAGGUAUGAGACUAUAGUGUAGAACUGUAGAACAACUAUAUGUAUUCAUAAAACAAACCUCUUUUGGUCUCUUUCUAGUAGCACAAAAGUAAAAAAGUCAGAUAGGGAUCUUUAUUAACGGCAUUUUAGAUGUGACAGACAUUCCUGAAUUUGACAUUUUGACUAGAAAACUAACCUUACUAAAAGAACUAGCCUUGACAAAUCUGACCAGAAAUGUGGUUAAACUCAUGAGCAGAAAAGUGGUCUAACGAACAGCGAUACGCAGAAAACUGGGCUCAGUCUGACUUUUACUGAUGAUACGUUGAAAGAUAUUACUGAGGAGAGUAGCGAUGAAGGCACGCCUUUACCCGUUGAAAGGUAUGAGACUAUAG